GUGGCCGAACCAGACCGGAAGUAGCGCCCAGUCGGGACCCGUAGGGAGAGGCAGAGAGCCGGUGGUGGCGGCAGCGGCCGCUCAAGCUGUGACUGUGGUGGCGGCUUGUGGCGAGGCUGCGUGGCAGCGGCGACCAGGCUGGUGCAGCAGCGGCUCGCUCAGACUAUUCUGGAGACACCCGGCGUCUCUCUUCUCGAAUUUCUCUCGGCCCUUGUAGGUGGAUUCGUAGCCUGAAGUGAGUGAGAACUUUUUAUUGCAACCACUGAGUUCAGAUGGGUAUGGGAAAGAUGCAUGGUCAUGGAGGGUAUGACUCUGAUUUUAGUGAUGAUGAGCACUGUGGAGAAUCUAGCAAAAGGAAAAAAAGGACAGCUGAAGAUGAUUUACUGCUCAAAAAGCCAUUUCAGAAAGAAAAACAUGGGAAGGUGGUCCAUAAACAAGUUGCAGCAGAAUUGCUGGAUAGGGAAGAGGCAAGAAAUAGAAGGUUUCAUCUCAUAGCUAUGGAUGCUUAUCAAAGGCAUACAAAGUUUGUAAAUGACUAUAUUUUAUACUACGGUGGCAAAAAAGAAGACUUCAGGCGAUCCAGGGAAAAUGACAAGACAGACAUGGAUGUUAUACGGGAAAAUCAUAGAUUCCUAUGGAAUGAGGAGGAUGAAAUGGACAUGAAUUGGGAGAAGAGACUUGCAAAGAAAUACUAUGAUAAAUUAUUCAAGGAAUACUGCAUAGCAGAUCUCAGCAGAUACAAAGAAAAUAAGUUUGGAUUUAGGUGGCGAGUAGAAAGAGAAGUAAUUUCAGGAAAAGGCCAGUUUUGCUGUGGAAAUAAAUGUUGUGACAAAAAAGAAGGCUUAAAGAGUUGGGAAGUUAAUUUUGGUUAUAUUGAGCAUGGUGAAAAGAGAAAUGCUCUUGUUAAAUUAAGAUUAUGCCAAGAAUGUUCCUUUAAAUUAAAUUUUCAUCACAGGAGAAAAGAAGUCAAGUCAAAAAAAAGAAAGGAUAAAACCAAAAAAGAUUGUGGAGAGUCAUCACAUAAAAAAUCCAGAUUAUCUUCUGUGGAAGAGAAGGAUAAAGCACAUUCAUCCUCAGUGAAAUCAGAAAAUUCGAUCAACAGAAACUCUGAUGAAGAAGAAAGUACUUCAGAAUCUGACCUUUGGAAGGGCCCACUACCAGAGACAGAUGAAAAAUCACAGGAAGAAGAAUUUGAUGAGUAUUUUCAAGAUUUAUUUCUGUGAGAAGGAAGAAAGAUGCCUACAUUCCUUAAUGUGAAAGUCAAACCUGUUUUUUGUAAAGACCAAAGAGAUGACUAGAGAAGAAGAUGCAUGAUUUGGUGCAUAAGAGAGGACCUGUAGAAAAUGAUCAUAGCAUUCCAGUUAUUAUGAAGAUAUGCUGUUUUAAAUGACAUUUAAACAUGGAAUGAUUGGCAUUAAACUGCAAAAGAGGUAAUUUUAGUGUCUUAUUUUUAAAUGGUAUGAGAGACUUUCCUUUUAUUAAACAGUUGUUAUUCAUUAAUUAAAUAUUUAUCAGGCUUCUGUUAUGUGUGAGACAGUGAGCUGGACAUUGCUACAAAGGAACUAUAUAGGAAAUAAUUAUGUACUCAUUUCUAAACCAUCAGAAAAUAGUAAAUCAGUGUUGGUUUAUUAACCAAAUAAGUAGACACAGCAUGUAUGUUGUGUCUUUUUCAGCUCACUAUUAGGGAGUGAAAAAGAAUCUUGGUUUCUGAGGAAGAAGUAUUGAAAUAUCCAGCAACAAAACUGAUAUUAGUGAUAUAAUUGAUGAAGCUAAAAUAUCUUUAUAGUAAAAGUGGUCAUCAGAAAAUAAAAUCCUUGGAGUUCCCAUUGUGGCACAGUGAGUUAGUGAUCUGGCUUGUCUCUGUAA